AUGCGGAUGUUUCUCUCGUGCCAAGGAACAAGAGAGUUCUUCAGGAAACAGGUCCCUUCGAGUUUCACUGACAUAGUUCAGGGCCACAUCGCCAAUCUGCAAGAAUACGACCGGCUAAAGAUCCCAUGCAGUCAUGCUUUACUGGCUGGCGACUCACUUGGUUUGCUUCCAAGCACUUUGGCUGGUCAUGUGUUCAAACCAAACGUUUGGCAAACGACGUAUUGUGAAUAUGUUUGCCCUGAGGGUAACUCCGCUGAUGAGGUACUGCCUGCCGAUUUAUCGAAGCUGGAGCUGAUGCCUCCUAGGAACCGAAGAUUGUUAGGCCGUCGGAAGAGAAAAAGGAUCCCCUCAACAGGCGAAAUUCCGAUUGAUGUAAAGAGUGCCUUCUUGAAUGGCAUUCUACAAGAGGAAGUAUAUGUAGCUCAGCCGAAGGGUUUGAAGAUCCUACACAUCCUGAGUAUGCUACAUCAGAGGAACUGUGGACAAGACUUGUUCACACUUGAGAAGGAAAAUGAGAUGAUGAUGGUGCAGAUCUAUGUAGAUGAUAUCAUCUUUGGAGGAACUUCAGAGAAGCUGGUGCAAAACUUUCGUGAAGAGUAUGACAAAGGAGUUCAAGAUGAGCAUGGUGGGAGAAUUGAAGUACUUUCUUGGACUUCAAGUAAAUCAGACUGA